AUGCAGAACAGAGAAGAUGACAUGCUCAUUCACCUUAUGUGCUCAAAAUUGCAGGGGUACCCAAAAGCAGUAAUGGAAACCUUACCCCGAAAUUGCCGAGAGGGAAUAGCAGACUACUGUGUGGAAUUGGAGGAGCUAACUCGCAGAGUCUAUCCAGACGCAAGCGAUAAAGAGCUGUCUACGAUUCGAGCAGUAGAACUCAUAACACAACUCACAGAAUGGAAAGAAUACACACAACUCUCCAGCGCAUUAGAGCAGUCGAAAUAG